UUGGGUUAGUGGAAGUUAGGCCUUCAACCUGCUAUAGCGGAGCCGAUGUCUUUGUUGUGGCUCACCAAGCCAAGCAAGUUUAUUAUUUGCCCUACCCAUGUCAAAAGGAGUACCUCAAAGGCUGGGAAGUCGUGUUCAAGGUAUCACCACAUGGUAAGCUACCCAUGCCCUCCGACGAGGAUUACAACAACAUUGACCCUGUAACAUACGAGGGAAUUUUUUAUCAAGAGCAAGAGAACUUUGGGGAUUUCGAAAUAGAAAUUGGUCUUGAGGACCUCGAGAACGAGGCACAUCUUCAUGGUGAAACAGUGGUGGACCUAAAGGACAUACAAAUGCUCACCAAGUUACAUGAGGGCAAUGGGUUCAAUGAUGAGACUCCACCGGACAUUCCCACCCAACCUCAUUACUCACAUGAUACUGAUAGUGAUAGUGAAAAUGAGAACCCAAUGCCUCGUUAUGAGAACCCAAUGCCUCAUUAUGAUAGUGAUGAUUCGAGGUGAUUGAUCAAUAUGAGCGGAAGCAAGCAAUCCAUGAACUCCAUUUUGAAGAGUAUGAGCCAACAGAAGUUCACCGGGACCACUAGAAGUGGAAGACCAA